GUAGAAACGUAGGAAAGACGCGGAUAAGCAUCACGUUUUCUCUAUUCUGUGUCACUCUGCAGGAAAACAAAGUAGCCGGGCUCUCGUUUGUCACAAGGUGGUGGAUGUCAAACGUUUGAUGGAUAGCGACCUGGCUUCAACAAAUCGAAAUAUAAAGUCGGUAAUACGACUGUUACGAUCACUUUAAGGGAACAAACUAAUUUUUCGGGAUAUAUCACGAACAAACUGGCUCCUUGGACACACAAAAUACAUUUAAUACAGAUUAAACAACAAUGAUGAAAUCCCUUUAUACACUGCUGCCUAUCACGAUAUUACUCUUUCUACAAAAAGCACAUGGCCAGGGGGAGUUUUUCGGAAACAUCAGACCCGUAAGUAGAUUUAAUGGCUUUUUUGGACAGAGAUUUCGUGCAGCAUCAAAUAUCCCACAAAAUGGACAACAGCAACAACAACCCACAACUCAACCACAACAACAACAACAACAACAACAACAACAACAGCAACAACAACAACCACAGUCUACAAAUAAUGCAGCAACAUCAACGACCGGGGCUUCGACAGCGUCUAACAAUCCCCAGUUACCAUCAAAUACCCAGGCUAUCCCCAGACAAGUUGGGACAGUAACGGUCCCCAUCAUAGGUCCCUUUCCAUCCGACAGUGUGCAGCAGACACCAACAGAAAUGUUUGGCAUGGGACAGCAAGGUCCUUUCAAUCGCAUGGGACAACCCAUGUUACCUUCCCAGGAUAUGUCCCCUUUCGGAGCGCCUGGUGGCUUCAAUCCAAUGCUCGCAAGACGACAACAGCAGAUGCAGCAGAUGCAACAGAUGCAGCAGAUGCAGAUGCAGCAGAUGCAGCAACAAAGACAGCAGCAGCAGCAACAAUCCAUGUUGCCGUUCGACCAACAACAACGCAUGUCCUCAUUUCCAUCUCAGUUUGGGUCGUCCCCUCAAAGAGGAAAUCAGCAGGUCACAAUUCCCGAGCAAACACAAAAUAUCAACUUUCCUCGGACACUUCCUCCAGAGGUUAGGAGGGAGAUGCAGAGGGCUGGAAUUGGGAGAAUGACAGGUGUGUCUCCGAGAUUUGGUGAAAUCAAACCCCUACCCGAGAUUACAGAGGUUAUUGAAGCUAACCGGCCUGGACAGACAACCAAUGCCGGAACACAACCAGCGAGACCCACCCCUCAACAACUACCACCCCAACAACAACAACAACCUCAACGACCACAGCAGCCUCAGCAGCCUCAGCAGCAGCUUCCAAUGCAAGGCUCAUCAACCACAUUUAAUGCACCAGGCCGGCAGGUUACAACAUCCCAGCAAGCCACACGCACCCAGAGCCCGCCAAUGCCAUCCCAGGUGCCAGGAUCAUUCGGACAAGGAAGAAUGCCACCACAGAUGAUCCCUCCUAUGUUUAGAGGCAAUAUGCAAGGUCCAAUGGCAGGGCCAAUGAGAGGGCCUAUGGGAGGGCCUAUGGGAGGGCCUAUGGGAGGACCUAUGGGAGGGCCUAUGGGAGGACCUAUGGGAGGGCCUAUGGGAGGACCUAUGGGAAUGCCAACAGGAGGUCCAAUGGGAAGUCAAAUGGGAAGACCAAUGUUUCCAGAUGCAACUCAGGCCAUACCAGAUUCAACAGGGCAGCAGCAACCUCAGCCGCAGCAGCCGCAGCAGCAACCCCAGCCGCAGCAGCCGCAGCAGCAACCCCAGCCGCAGCAACAACAAAAUGGCCAGCAAACUCCUCCAGCUAGUACACAAUGGUCUCAAAAUCAGCCACAGCAGCUUCCAACCCAACCACAAACAAUGCAGGGAAUGCAACAAAUGGGAAUGCCAAAUAUGGGCGGUAUGUUUCCGAUGGGCAUGUCAAAUAUGCCAAUGAUGAGAAUGCCAAAUAUGGGAAUGCCGAAUAUGGGUAUACCAAAUAUGGGAAUGCCUAACAUGGGUAUGCAAAAUAUGGGCAUGCCACAAAAUGGACAAACCGGUAUUCCCCAGAUGAGACCACAGCCAGGUCAGCAACCAUCAGCAAACAGACAACGUUUUGGAGGAUUCUCUGCCAUGUCAGGUCUAGGAAAUCAAGGCGGCAACAUGCCAACAAACAGCGCACCACAACCAUCAGGUCAACCAAGUGGCCAAUCGACAAAUCAAAUUACAAACCCUAGCAUGCCACAAAACAGUAUGCCAAAUGGAAUUAAUUCUGGUAUAUCUGGAAGAUUUCCUAUGCCUAAUAUGUUCCAAAAUAACAUGGUCGGAAGGCCGGGAAGAAUGCAAGGAGGAAUGCAGGGAAUGCAAGGAGGAAUGCAAGGAAGAAUGCAGGGAAUGCAAGGAGGAAUGGAGGGAAUGCAAGGAGGAAUGCAGGGAAUGCAAGGAGGAAUGCAGGGAAUGCAAGGAGGAUUGCAGGGAAUGCAAGGAGGAAUGCAGGGAAUGCCACGCAUUUUGCCGGGUAUGUCGGGAGGUAUGCCUGGAAUGUCAGGAGGUAUGUCGGGUAUGCCAAAUGGUAUUUCAGGACGUUUUCAGGGUAUGCCAAGAAGGAUGCCAGGAAUGCAGACAGGACCACCACAACAAGGAGCUGGAUCCGUCCAACAGCCAGAUCCAAGUAUUCCAUCUUUACCAGCCAAUAUGCCAGUCCCAGAUUUACCUGGCAGCAAUCAAUCUCCUUUACCUACAUCUCUACCAUCACAAAGUACUCCUGCACCAACGGCUUCUAUACCUUCUCUCGGUGACCAGUCCAGACCAAUACCAUCCUUUCAAGGGAUACAGCCGUUACCCGGAGCGUUCCCCGGAGCGUUCCCCGGAGCGUUCCACCUGCCACCCGUAGCGUUACCACCAAUUACAGCUGUUGAUCCACCUGCCAUGCCUGGACCCAUGGAGGUGCCUGGACCCAUUGAGCUGUCUGGACCCAUGGAUUUGCCAGGAUCCUUCGAAUUGCCAAGUCCUCUUGACCUUUCAGCUCCCCUUGAACUUUCGGGAUUUCCCGCACCUUCAAGUCAAGGUCUACCAAACCCGUUUUCUUUGCCCGCUGGAAAACCAGAAAAUAAAUCCACCUUACCGGGCGCAGAUCUAUCACCAGAGAAAGUUCCGCCAUUCCCAGGUUUGAACCUCCCCGGAUCUUCACCUUCUGGUCCUAGAGGAAGUGCUGGAAUCCCUAUUUCCAUGCGUGGACGAGCUGGUUUCCCAAUUGACGCCACUGGGCCUCUCCCACCUCCACAAGAUGUUAAUGCUGGCGAGCCAGUGUCAAACAUAACACCACCACCUCCUUCCUCUUCUGACUUCUCUGCAAACGCGCUACCUGGACCUGAUGCGAUGCUUGGCAUUGGAGGAGCCCCUCCUGGAUUUUCACCUUUGGACCUUAGUGGUUUUCCUGGUCUAGACACUUCCGCACCAUUUCCAAGUUUAGAUUCUACUGCAUCAUUUCCAAGUUCAGACUCUUUGCCUAUUGGCGGUAGCGUGGCAAGUCCGUCAUCUUCAUCUAUUUCAAACACAGAUAUUUUUAAUGCAUCACCAGUGGAUCCGUUCCCUUUUAAUACCGCCGGAACUGUGUUCAGCGAUACAGGCAGUAUAGGAAUUAUACCAACUGAUACAGGUAGUGUUCCAUCUGAGCCUAUCCCCGACCCCGCCAUAGCCACACAAGUUCCUGUCCCCCAAGACGUUUUCCAACCAGGUCCCACUGAUGUGCUUCAGAAUCCUACGGAGGGAAUCCCUAUCCAAGACGCGCCGAUCCCACAGCUUCCCCCACAGGUUGCUACUGACAACAACAAAGUUGCCGAGACACAGGACCCUUUUCCGGGACUAAAUUUCCCGUCCGGUCCAAGUCUUCUCGGAAAUCCCUCCUCCAAGACAGAUAUUGUUAAUCCUCCAGAUGCUAUGAUACCGCUGACAGAGAUCCCUCGUCCAUCUGAUGCCAUCAUUCAAGGUCUACCAGUUUUCAGCAGAUGAAUUUGCUCAACCGCUAGUUUUGUAAAGCUAAUGCGAUUCUUUGUGCUAGGUGUGCAGAAGACUGUAUGACGCCCAUCUAUCCACUUCGUGUCUUGCCGUGAUCCCUGUAGAUAAUACUGGAAUGAACAUUUAUUGCUAAGCUGAAUUUGAUGUUGAUGAAGUGCAAUCAAUUUGUACUGAUUAUUUCAGUUUAAUUAUGUCUCCUUGAUUUUGUUUGUUUAUAUAAGCUUGAUUUAUUGAAUAAAUUAUUAUUCUCAAU